AUGGUGAAGACGCAGGAUAACAUCACCGCACCACUGCCCGGCACGACGAUCAAGCCGUUGCACACAUAUGAUGACGAACAGACUGCCAUGCUCACUGCUCUGCGCGAGUAUGCACAAACCAUUGUGCUCUCAGAAUCCGAUCCUUACCACGAUAAUGAGCAGGAGUGGUUGCGCAAGCCUGAUACUAUCCCCAGGUAUAUGCGAGCUGCCAAGUGGAAGCUCGAGGAUGGAAAGAAACGUCUCAAGGGCACCCUCGAAUGGAGGAGACAAUUUCAGCCUGACCUUAUUUCCCCUGACGAAGUUAAGAUUGAGGCGGAAACAGGCAAAAUCAUCCUGAACGGAUUUGAUCUCGAUGGUCGCCCAAUAAUUACUAUGCGGCCAGGUCGCGAGAACACAGAGACCUCUCCCCGCCAGCUUCGCCAUCUUGUUUAUGUUCUCGAACGGGCCAAGGACCUGAUGCCCCCAGGUCAAGAAUCCGUCAUGAUUCUCGUCGACUACAAAUCAACUACUAUCCGAACGAACCCCUCCAUCUCUAUAGCCUCGAAGGUCCUCACAAUUUUACAGAACCACUAUCCUGAGACCCUUGGUCGCGCAAUCGUGACCAAUCUUCCCUGGGUCCUUAACUUCUUCUAUAAAGGCAUUUCGCCGUUCCUCGACCCCGUUACCCGCGACAAGAUGCGCUUCAACCCGCCAUUAUUGGAGCUUGUGCCAAAGGAGAUGUUGGAGAAGGAGUUUGGAGGUGAGCUCGAGUGGGAGUGGGAUUUCGAGAGGUAUUGGACUCAACAGGUCGCGUGA